AUGACUUUGAUGGAGAAUACUUCAGAGGUGACUGAAUUUGUUCUUGUGGGGUUAACAGAUACCACUGAGCUGAAAGUGCCUUUAUUCAUAAUCUUCACUCUAGUUUAUUUGAUCUCACUGGUUGGGAACCUUGGGAUGAUCAUUUUGAUUUUGGUUGAUUCCCGACUCCACACACCCAUGUACUUUUUCCUCUGUAACCUCUCCCUAGUGGACUUUAUUUAUUCCUCAGCUGUCACUCCCAAAAUAAUGGAAGGGUUCAUCACAGAAGAUAAAGUCAUAUCCUACAAUGGGUGUGCUACCCAGAUGUUUUUUUUGAUAGCAUUUGCCACUACUGAAAGCUUUCUCUUGGCCUCGAUGGCCUUUGACCGGCAUGCAGCAGUGUGUAAACCCCUGCAUUACACCACCACCAUGACAAGCACCACAUGUGUCCUAAUUGUCACCUGCUGCUACAUCAGCGGAUUCUUGCAGUCCUCCAUCCAUGUUGCCUUCACUUUCCACCUCUCCUUCUGUCAUUCCAAUGUGAUUAAUCACUUUUUCUGUGACAUUCCCCCACUGCUGGCUUUGUCUUGUUCUGAUAUUUACAUAAAUGAGAUUAUAGUCUUUACUUUGGCUUCAUUUGAUACUGUUUUUUCUCUCUUGAUUAUUUCCAACUCUUACCUGCUUAUUUUUGUUGCAAUCCUGCGGAUGCGUUCAGCUGAAGGACGUAAAAAGGCCUUCUCCACAUGUGCAUCUCACCUCACCACUGUAUCCAUGUUCUAUGGGACAAUCAUCUUCAUGUACCUACAGCCCAGCUCCAGUCACUCCAUGGAUAGAGACAAAAUGGCAUCUAUGUUCUACACCACAAUCAUCCCCAUGUUGAACCCUCUGGUCUAUAGCCUGAGGAACAAAGAGGUCAAGAGUGCAUUCCAGAAGGUUGCUGGAAAAGCAUUUUCUUCACAGGGCCUAUUCCAUUAA